GGCGCAGAGCGGUGCAGGGCCGCUGCGGCCGCUCCCUGGCUGGCAGUGCUCGCUAAGAUGGCGGAUUUCCUGCCGUCGCGGUCCUCGCUGUCGGGCUGCUUCCCCGGCUGCAUGCUGAACAGCACCGAGGCCGAACAGCAGCGGCGGUCUAAAGAGAUCGAUAAGUGCCUCUAUCGCGAGAAAACCUAUGUCAAGCGGCUCGUCAAGAUCCUUUUGCUGGGCGCGGGCGAAAGCGGCAAGAGUACCUUCCUCAAGCAGAUGCGCAUCAUUCACGGGCAGGACUGGGACCGGCCAGCCCGGGAGGAAUUCCGCGCCACCAUCUAUAGCAACGUCAUCAAGGGUGUUAGAGUCCUUGUGGAUGCUCGUGAGAAACUUCAUAUUCCAUGGGGAAAUCCUGCUAAUCAAAAAAAUGGCGACAAGAUGAUGGCCUUUGAUACUCGUUCAGAAGUGGUGCAAGGGAUGGUGCAAACCCAUACUUUCUUACAGUACCUUCCAACAGUAAGAGCGUUGUGGGCAGAUAGUGGUAUCCAGCAUGCUUAUGACAGACGCAGAGAAUUUCAGCUGGGGGAAUCUAUAAAAUAUUUUCUGGACAAUUUGGAUAAACUUGGAGACCCAGAUUAUCUUCCCUCCCAGCAAGAUAUUCUGCUAGCACGAAGACCUACAAAAGGAAUACACGAGUACGAUUUUGAAAUUAAAAAUGUUCCCUUCAAGAUGGUUGAUGUAGGUGGCCAGAGGUCAGAAAGAAAACGUUGGUUUGAGUGCUUUGAUAGUGUCACUUCAAUACUAUUCCUGGUUUCAUCAAGUGAAUUUGAUCAGGUACUUAUGGAAGACCGGCUAACAAAUCGCCUUACAGAAUCUUUGAACAUUUUUGAAACUAUAGUCAACAAUCGGGUUUUCAGCAAUGUAUCCAUCAUUCUCUUCCUAAACAAGACAGACUUGCUUGAGGAAAAAGUGCAAAAAGUGAGUAUCAAAGACUAUUUCCCAGAUUUUGAGGGGGAUCCUCACAACUUAACAGAUGUCCAAAAAUUCCUGGUGGAUUGUUUUCGUACCAAACGCCGGGACCAGCAACAGAAGCCCUUAUACCACCAUUUCACCACUGCUAUUAAUACAGAAAAUAUUCGUCUGGUAUUCCGUGAUGUCAAAGAUACCAUCCUUCACGACAACCUCAAGCAGCUCAUGCUACAGUGAUGUUGAAAAGACUGAUUUGUGUUAAUAGUUUACAGCAGGAGUUUAAAAAGUAAACCUGGUCUUGUCAGACCUCAUGAUGUGUGGGUAAAAGCUGCUGCUGUUCUUAUUGCCAAUUUCUCUUAAAAUCAAAAUCUUUUCCUGUUCAUUAUCUUGAAUCAGUUUUAACUUUUAAGACUUUUUUUUAAAGCUAACUCCAGGUUUUAAAUUAUUCUGUCUUUUUCAACUAUAAAGCCUGAACUAUUAACUUGUAGAUAUGUGCUUGAAAGAAAUUAUUUGGAAACAUGCAAAGUUCUUUGAACUGGUUGGAAUUUAAAAGAGCUAUUGAAGAGUUUUCCUGACUUAGACAACUACCACCAAUUGUUAUAUAUGGUAAAUGGCUUUGCUUUGUCAAAUAAUUAACCUAUAUUUCAAGUUUACAAAUGCACUUCUGCUUCCAUGCCAAUAGAGAGUGCUUUUAGAUGGUACCAGAAAAAAAAAUUGCCACUGAGUAUUUCAGUCAAAAUGAAUCAUGCAUAGGAAUUCUUGGUCUUGAUUAGUUUUUGCUAGAUCAUACAGUUUGACAGAACCCCAUGAUUUUACAAUUUGGGCCUCAGCUAACUUAAACCAAAAAGCUGCUUCCUGCAGCUUUGAGAGUCCUUCUCAGUUGUCAUAAAUAAGCCAUUGUCUGAAAACACUCCUUUUUUUCAUUUACUAAGAUAUUGUGAAUUGGAUAAUGGUGGAAGCUAAGCACAAGAUUUAUUUUUCCCAAACAUAAUUCAAUUUAUAGAUGUCAAAAGGCUAACACACUCGGUAUAUACAGCUGUAGGUGACACAGUAGUGGCCAUUAUAUUAGCCAAAAAACCCCCCCUAAAACUGAAUUAAAAUGUAAAGCAGCUAAAUGAUAUCAGACAAAUGACACAUUAAAAAGGGUAAAAUUAAAAAAAUAUUUCACCUUCUGGCUCAGUUACACAUUUUGAAGACAAAUUUGCAAUGAAAUAUUCUGUAAAAAUAAUAGCUUCGUUGAUGCUUUGGUAUUGGUCAAAAGCCAGUGUCACCUGUAAUUCUGAAUAUCUUUAAUUAUACAUUUUAUCCUAGGUUUUACCAUAUUGAGCUUUAAAGAGUAUAUUUAUAAAAGGGAUUGACACUUGGGUUCUAAUGUCUAAUGCAAUAAAAUAUAUUUACUUUGCUUAAGAACAAAAACAAUUAGCAAAUUUCCCUCUUUUGUUUCAUUUGUUACACAGGCCAAACUUAGUCGUUGUUCUAAAAGAAACCCAACUAUUCUGUAGUUUUUGUAAAAGGAAAUCAAUGUUUUUAUAUUUUUGAAAAACAAUACAUUUUUGCCAUUCAUUAGACUAGGAUAAUUAAGUUUGUGUGCCAAUUAAAUGCUUUAACAGUAAUUGGCCUAGUCCAGUACCAGUAAAUGGUUAAUUGAUGCAGUAUCUUAUAAUCUAAAGUGCCUCUUGGGUUUUUUUAAACUAAUAGUGGCCUUACAAUGAAUACCAGUUUAACUGGUUGGAGGAAAAAGGGCUUCAAAAUCAUAACAGACAACUGAGUGCAAAUAAAUGAUCUUCGCAUUUUUGCUAAAGAGUGCAAAGCCAAUAUAAUCAGGACCUUCAAAAUUCUAGGGUGAAACAAAAUGAGAUGAGGGAAUGUCAUUUUUUUCCAUACUGGCAUUAUUUUAGAAUACCACCAACACUGUUAAAAAGAGGGAAAUGAAUGGUUUUUUGUAAGACCUUUUAAAUAUAGACUUUUUAAAUUACUAUCUUGCAAUUAAAACCAUCAGAAGUUGGUAAAUAAAACUAUACAUACAAAAAUGAAAGAUCAAUUUUAUAACUCUACUGACAGAGUACUGCUUAGAGUAUCAAUUUUCCUUUGUAUUCCAGAAAAAUGACUCUUAGAGGACAGUGAAGAAAUUUGUUAAGAUAAUGUUUUAUUCUGGAAAUAAAAAUAAGCAACUGUGGAACACAUUAACAUAAGCAAUCAUUAUAAAUCUCAAUAUAUUUCAUGCAUAUGGGCGUACAUGUAUUUUAAGUAGCUGUAAGGGACUACAAUUUUAAUGAUAGGAAAGGGUGGUUUUCUCUUCUUACGCAGAUCUGCUUCUCUCCCCAUCAGUCAAAUGGACAGAUUUUGAGAGUGGCAGAAUUGGUAGGAAAAAUAAUCCAGAGACAAAGAGUUAGUUAAAUAGUUCUUUUCCCAGGCAUUUCUCCCCUCAAUUUAUUAUGGACUUUUUUUGAUUUUUUUAAAAAGAAUUAUUGGAAGGAUAAACUGUGUUGUGCCAAUUUUGGAUAAGUGAAAUGCUGUAUCAAAACCUUUGGUGAGAGAUUGAGUCAAGGUUGCAACAGUUAAAUCACCAGCUGGCAAACCUGAGGAUCCCUUUAGUUCAUUGCUGUUUUUUCUUUUUCUUCUUGUCCUAUUACUAUCAUGGGUUCAUGGGCUUUAAACAUUGUUGGGUACAGACUUUAAUGUCCCCUAUUGGGUAUCUGGUAUUUUUUUUAUUUCAUUCUUAAUGUGUUCUGUAGUCUAAAAUAAAACAAGUUAAAACAUUCUUGCUAACAAGAGUGGCUUACUUUUCUCAAGUACAACUCUUUGUUGCCAGAGGCCUUCAUAGAAACAUUUUUUUACAAACAUUUUUUAAAAUUCUUUUUAUUUGGUGUUAUAGUUUUUCAAAUUCAUGAGGACUUUUUAAAAAGUAUCUACUUUAGACUUCAAAACAACUGACUUUUUUGUAUUUUAGAUUUUCAUAAAAUUUACUAUUUUAAAAUCUAAAGUAGAGGUAUUUAAGUUCUUACAUACUUAAUUUCCUUAAACUUUAACCAGGUCAUUUUUUAAAUAAACAUCGUAUUUAGCCUUGUGCCUUAUUUUGCAGAAACUCAAUACAGUGAACCAUUCCUCAAGGCUUGGGAAACCCUCUAUUUUCUCACUGUGGAAUAGGUGAAAAUACAGGAUAGAAUGGAGCUUUGCCUCAUUCCCAAUUUCUUGUACUGAUAAUGCCAAAGAAUAGUUUGAAUAUAACUUUUGACAAAAGAAAGACAUUGGAAGGAUCAUCCUGAUGCUCUGUGACCAUCGUCUGGCAGAUGCUUUUCUCUCAACUUAAAUUUGGCUCAGUUUUGAACAGAACUGGACAUUGUAUUUCUACAAAUGUUGCUGAACUGCAACUGCAGUUAUCCUUCCUAACUGGUUAUGUUAGCUUGCAUUGCUAAAAACUAAUGUUCAGCAUCAAACAACCAUAUAUUGUUUGGCCCUAUUUUAAAGAAUAAAUUUAAAUCGAGAUAACAAUAACAAAGUUCUUCUUAAGCUGUUGGUUAGAUUUUGUGUGUAUUAUGGUCAUCUGUUCAAAAAGCAAUUAAGAACUUCCGAUUGAUGGUACCACAACUUAGUCUUAUUUUAAAAUCAGGUUAAAAUAUACAGCACUGCAAUAGUGUCCUUGGCAGUUUUGUUUAUCUUAUACUUGAAAGCAGACAAUUGCCAAUUAUUUAAAACUGCUUUCACUUUCUUCAACAGCAGCAACAAGUUAUGUGCUAUAAAGUUGUUUGUGAAACAUUUUGUAAUGACCCCACAGAAUCUUUAAUGAAACCAUGAUUUGUAUUACUUUUGUAUAAAUGAGGGAUAUGUUUUAUGACUAUAGUUUUGAAAUAUAAGUAUCUUCUGUAACUUUCUAGGGAAGAAGAGAAUCUACUACUUUGUAAAUUUGCCCCAUCCCUUUUUGUCCAUGGUUGGCAAUAAAUUAUUUCUAAAGAAAGUCUUCAAAUGUAUCAUUUAAAAUGGUUUGAUUACUAAAAGAUGAAAGCUUCAUUUAGUUGUACAUUGUUCUCUGUACAUAAUUUGCAAGUGUUCAAGCCAUUAAUAUUGCCUUGUGUAAAGUAAAUUACUGACAGUAAAUAAACAAUAUACAUCCUCA